UCUGUCAUAACUCUUGUUCGUCAUGCUGAUUCUGUUUUCAAGUACAUGUUCAUGUCAUUGUCUGCAUGGAGGGAAGCUUGGGAUCACUGUAUUCCUGUCCUAACAGUUGAUGGUACUUUUAUGAAGGGCUAUUUCAAAGGGACUUUGCUCACUGCCUGUACCAGGGAUGCCAACCGUCAGCUUGUUCCAUUAGCUUUUGGGAUAUGUGAUUCAGAAAACAAGGAUUCCUGGAAAUGGUUCUUUUCACAGUUGAAACUGGCUUUAUCUUAUAGACACAAUUUAUAUAUUGUUUCUGACAGGAAUGCUGGAAUUAUUAAAUCUGUUAAAGAUGUCUUUCCUUCAGCUGGACAUGGUUAUUGUGUUC